AUGCAUGUGUUUAGAAAGGUAAUGUGCGCCCGCUGGUUCAGCCUCCAUAAGCUGUCCUGGGGUGGCAGCUCUGUAAACUCUGCCCUGGUAAAGGAUGGAAGUUGCCUCAGGGCACUCAGCACUUCAGCCAGAAGAAGCACAGUAAUGCAGGCCUGGGUCAUUGAUAAAUAUGGCAAUAACAGCGUGUUAAGAUAUACCAAAAAUGCCUCAUUCCCAAUUAUUCACUACCCAAACGAGGUCAUUGUCAAAGUCCAUGCAGCUGGCCUCAACCCCCUUGACAUAAACAUGAGGGGUGGCUAUGGAGCUGCAACCCUGGCCAUGAAGCGUGACCCUCUGAGCAUCAACAAAGCAGGCAGCGAGUUUCCCCUGAUCCUGGGUCGUGAUGUAUCUGGGGAGAUUAUGGAGUGUGGGCUGGACGUGUCCUACUUCAAACCAGGAGACGAGGUGUGGGCUGCUAUUCCUCCCUGGAAGCAGGGCAGUCUGGCAGAGUUUGUGGUGCUGAGUGCUAAUGAGGUGUCACACAAGCCCAAAUCGCUGAGUCAUGUGGAUGCAGCGUCUCUCCCGUACGUAGCAGCCACAGCCUGGUCUGCUCUCGUCAACACGGGUGGCCUCAACAAAGACAACAGUGCCAAAAAACGUGUUCUCAUCCUCGGAGGUUCAGGAGGAGUUGGAACCUUUGCCAUACAGAUGCUGAAGUCGUGGGGCGCCCAUGUAACAGUCACAUGCUCCCAGAAUGCCGAACGCCUUGUAAGAGGUCUUGGAGCCGAUGAUGUUGUGGACUACACUGCAGGGCCUGUGGAGAAGAAGCUACAGACUCUGGAAAAGUUUGAUGUGAUUCUGGAUAAUAUUGGUGGAGAGACUGAACAUUGGGCCCUAGGCUUACUCAAACCCUGGUGUGGCGCUAAGUACGUUACCUUGGUAACCCCCUUCCUGCGCAACACAGAUCAACUGGGCCUUGCUGACGGAAUGAUGCAGACUGCUGUCACCGUAGCAACCAAAGCUCUGAAGCACAUAACUAAAGGCGUCCAUUAUCGAUGGGGGUUCUUUGCUCCGAGUGGCCCAGCCCUGGAUGACAUCAGCGAAAUGGUGGAUGCAGGAAAGAUCCGUGCUGUCGUGGAGGAGCAGUUUUCCUUCGCUCAGGUGCCUCAGGCCUUCGAGAGAGUGGAGAAGGGCCACGCCCGAGGAAAAACCGUAGUUACCGUUACUAGGGAGCAGGAAGAGUGACCAUGGCAACAGAAACGGGAGAAAUGGUGAACUCACUGAUGGCUUCAGUUAUGUCACCUUGGAAACAGAGAACUACGAGCGGGUUUUAAAGACACAGAUCGAGCCUCACCUGCAUCUAAAUUACACCAUCAGUGAUAAUUAUCCACAAGAAACAUCUAUCAGAGUUAGAAGCCAAGGGCUGUAGCUUCCUGCUAUCUGUUAUCACUGACAGUACCUGCACUGUUUUGGGGCUUAGCUCACUCCUCAUGGCCACAGUAUUGAUUAAAGUUAUUGAACAUCAUGCCAGUUGCAGCACACACUGUGGGAGCAACAGGGCCCUGUAUUAUUUUAUUUCCUGUUAGACUAAAAGCACUGAGUACACACUCCUUUCGGGAAAAAAAAAGUUUGCAUACUUACUUUUUCUUAUUAAAACCUUUUGACCGCAAUUCUAAUGUGGUUUAAAAGUCCAGAAAAUUUUACCAUGUGACUUCAGCCCCAUGUAACUGUGAUGCUGUUAGGUAUCAAGUACAUUUCAGCAAACAUUUUGUUCAUAUAUUCACCUUUUUCACUCUCUUGAAUGGUAAUAGGAUUUCGAGGUAACUGUCAUGUCACAGUAAGUCUGUAUUGGGAGUGUAAAUAAUAUUAAUAA